UGGCAGCAUAAGGGGGGCAUCAAUUCCUGAUCUACAAUGCCUUAUUAUUAGCAGAAAGAAAGCAGUGACUGGAUUUGAAAAGCCAGCAUCAUCCCCGCGGUUGCCCAUUGAAAAAGCACUCGGAAGAAGAAGCAGCGGAUCCCGAUGGCAUGGACACUUAUGCAAGGUCUGCCGCGCUGCCGUGCUACUGGAGCCUACUCUUCGUCUCUUCAUUCAACCACCCAGCUCCAGCUCCAUCGCCAUCAUCGCCCCACAGCCGAGAGAGCCUGUCAGCCGCAACGCGACCAGCGACCACCGAGCCAAAGCAGGCGGCAUGAGGCUUGAUUCAGUCCAUUUAUCCAUGCUGGUCAUCGGGGUCUCAUUCGCCUGCUACUCCCCGACUUUGAAUUCCCUGCAGGACCAGGUUUACAAAUCCGCCGUGGUGAUCGAGGGCAAGGUGCAGUCUACGCCUGCGAACGUGUCCGCGGAGGAGCCGUACCGUGUGCAUGUCCGAGUGCUGGAUGUGUGGCCCCUGAGCAGCGGGGGUCUGGAGCGGGAGCAGCUCGUCACCGUGGGGGAAUUCGGAUCCGAGGCUCCGUGCACCAAAGUGAAGAAGAACCACAAGUACAUUUUUUUCAUGGACCCCACUGACGAGCCCUUGGUGUACAAGGCAUCGUUUGCGCCUCGGGACACGAGUGUGAAAAGCCUCAAAAAGGAUGUUGGGAAGAUCUUGUGUGAGGACUGCGCUGCGGCUCCAAAGUUAAAACCAAUGAAGAAUCCAAUAAUAGUGGACGAGGGAAGCAAGCUCAUAGUGAAGUGCGAGGCCACAGGGAACCCUCUCCCCACCUACAGAUGGUUCAAAGAUGGCAACGAGCUGAAGAAAAGCAAAAAAGUCAGAAUAAGGAACAGCCUGAAAAACUCCAGAGUCCAGAUCAGCAGAGCAAAACUGGAGGAUUCUGGGAAUUACACAUGUGUGGUGGAGAACCCGCUGGGAAAGGACAACUCCACUGGCACCGUCAACGUCCAAAGCAUGACCACAACGACAUCUCCAGGCUCAGGCCAUGCCAGAAAAUGCAACGACACAGAGAAGGCCUACUGUGUAAAUGGCGGCGACUGUUACUUCAUACAUGGUAUAAAUCAGCUCUCCUGCAAGUGUCCAAAUGACUUUACUGGUGAUCGCUGUCAAACCUACGUUAUGGCCAGUUUCUACCAGCAUCUUGGGAUUGAAUUUAUGGAGGCAGAGGAACUCUACCAGAAAAGAGUCCUGACAAUCACGGGUAUUUGUGUGGCUCUGUUGGUGGUGGGCAUCGUGUGUGUGGUUGCCUACUGUAAAACCAAGAAACAAAGAAAGAAAAUGCACAAUCAUCUGCGACAGAACAUGUGUCCAGAACAUCCCAAUCGUAACCUUGCUAACGGACCCAAUCACCCAGGACCAGGCCCGGAGGAAAUCCCUAUGGUCGAUUACAUAUCAAAGAAUGUCCCUGCGACUGAACGAGUCAUACGGCCUGCAACGGAGGGAUCGUUCCCUGCCAGCCAUGCCUCUUCCAGAUCUCACAACUCUUCCACGCGAGCCCAUUCAUCAACUCACAGACAUGAGGAGCGGACAUGGAGCCUGGAACAUUCUGACAGCAUCCUCUCCGACUCGCCGGGAAUGAUGUCAUCAUCCGUGGGGACCAGUAAAUGCAGCAGCCCUGCGUGCAUGGAGGCACGGGCCCGGCGCGCCGCACACUGUGGUUACUCCGACCCCCACCGGCCGGGCCUGCAGUACGGAGACUCCUUCGACUCGCUGGGAGACUCUCCGCACAGCGACAGGUACGUGUCCGCCCUGACGACACCAGCCCGCCUCUCCCCAGUGGAUUUCCAUUACUCAUUGCCCUCGCAGGUGCCUACCUUCCAGAUCACAUCCCCCAACGCCAGCCACGCCAUGUCUCUCCCUCCUGCUGUCCGCAACCCUUACCCUCUGGAGGACGACCAGCCUCUGCUGCGCCGCUACCAGGUGCCCCUACACGACGCCCAGUGUCAGGAGCCCUACCGGCAGCAGCGUCGCACCUAUCUAAAUGACAGCAGGGGCAGCCUGCCCUCCAGCCCCUACCGGCUGGCUAAAGAAGAAGACUAUGAGACCACCCAGGAGUAUCUCUCCUCUCGGGAGCAACCAAAGAGAAGUGGGUCCGGUGGAACUGGUAGCCGACGCUGGCGGAGAUCCAGACUGAAUGGCCACGUGGCCCCACGUGGAUACGAGGCAUCUCGGGACUAUGGGUCUCGAAGCUGCCUAACAGAUAGCGAGUCAGAGGAGGACGGCGAGAGCACGCCCUUCCUCAGUAUGCAGAACAUGAACGCCGAGCCCUCCACCAUCUACAGGCCGGUGGACAGUCGGACUUCUCACUCGUCGGGGCGGCACAGUGGGCAUGGCAACAUGCAUACAAGACUUACACACUCGCGCUCCAAACCGGACAAUACACCCCAUUAAAGAGUGAAAAUGAACCAACGAAAAUCAAUAUAGUAUAGACCUGCAUCUAUAAGAAAUAUUUUUAUUUUAUAUAACUGACAGAUAUUCUAAACAAAUGAAAUAUUUAUUUUCAUUUUAGCAAAAGUUGUCUACUAGUUAACAGCAAAGACUUUUUUAUAGGGAAAACUCUAUUUAUAUGUACAUUUUGAUUUACAGCAUAAAAAGAUGUGCCAGUUUUUUCACGACGAAAAAAAAAAAAAAUAGAGUAAUAUUGUGGUGCCUUUUGCUGUAUGCCGAUGCCAGAGGGCCAGUGGAGGUUUUUGUAGCCUUUCUUAUAUGGACGCCUCAUUUUUUAUACACGUUUAUGUUUUUUUUUCUUCUCUGGUUUCCUGUUUUACUUUCUUUCCAAGUUGCAUUCUUUGAGGAGUCUAGCCCCACUGGAACAUAACCCCUUCCAUGUCACGCAAUAUAAACCACUUCAACAUAAAGUGUAUGUUUACAUUAAUAUGAUUCGCCUGUAGGGUUUAUGAUUUGGGAUCGAAUAGAGCGCCAUGAAUACAAUGUAGAUCCUUUUUGCCCUCUGACUAAUGUCUACAGAGAGAGAGUGUGGUUGGAUAUGUGUGUGUAAAUGCCUGUGUGUGUGUGUGUCUGUGUGUCUGUGUGGUUGUGUGUCUGUGUGUCUAUGUGUGUGCGCGCAUGUCAGUUUGCUUGCAUGUAUUUGUGAUGGUCAGAUGAAUUUCAUUGUUUGUUGUGGCGACGUCGAGCGUGUGGGUCUACUGGUGUCCCAGCAGAGCUGACAGAAGAGUGUGUCACAGAAUAGUGCUUUAUCAGAACAGUGACCCCCCAGUGUAGGCGGACAGGUAAGGCUGCUGUAGGGUUGUAUGUUAUGCAGGUCAUUGCUUGAUGUGUUUACAGCUAUUCUUGCCCCUUUCCCAGCCUGCCCCAGUUAAGCCCCCCUUUUUAUUUCCCAGCAGCUUUUUUCCCCUCACGUUAGCCUGUUAUGAGGCCAACAAACACUGAGCCGCUUGGCACAGGGUGACCCCCGCCAUCAGAGGUGAUGGCAAAACAAAAAAAGAUUGCAUCUGUUUUCACUCAAAUCAGCCCCCUAAUCCCAUGCCUCAUCAUCCUUCUGUGUCCAUUCUUGUUUUUGUGGCUCGUGUUAAAGGGCCACACAGCGUCUCAGGAUUUCCACAUGCCCCCCCCCCCCCCCCCCCCCCCCCUCCACCUUAAACACCCCCUUCCUCAACUUAAGGUCUACCUAAGACUAAGGUUCUCAGAUAAUGAAGGCCUAAACGUUAACAUACAUCCUACCAGUUCCCCCGCCCACACACAGAGAGAGAAGGAAACAGUGCAGAACACAUACCAGACAAUAUCAAUGAAAUAGCUGUGAAACUUUGGAGGAUCAUACAAUGCAAAAAUAUGCAAACUUUCUAUUUUGCUGUUUGAUUACAUCAUUUUCUAAGAGGUGACUGUCAUGUUUUGUGUGGAAAAUGUGAUGCCUGUAGUGUAGAAUGAAAUAUAAAUGCAUAUUUACAUGAGUUAGUUUUUAAAGCCAUUAUGCAGCCAUCUAUAACGUUGUCAGCCCUUCUUGUUCACGUGCUCACGUCCACUGAAUGACUGGAUUGUUUUUAUCACUUGGUUUGGACCGCUCCACUUUACGUGCACACUUUCCAAGUAACGUCAAAUAGCAUCCAGAUAGCGUCUCCUCCGAUAGUACUGCUUUGUCUUCAGAUCUCGUCAAAUUUACCCCGUAAAUGAUAAUAAUUUGAACAUUUAAGCCCCCUGUCCUCCACUGAAAGAAUAUUUCAAUAAUUCAAACCCAUUAAAAGUGACUCAGUGAGAGGGAACAGUUGAUGUUUCAUCACUGUUGUAUGUUUCUACUCCUCCCAAAAAAAAAAAAAAUGCUGAAUUAUCAGAUUAUUAUUGGUUAAAAAGAUUGAUCUACAAUUCUAACUGCUAUAUGGUAAAUGCACAGUGGUAUUGUUCUAGAGAAAGGUCACCUCACUUGCAGAUAUUUCAUUGAGUUCCUCACCUCUGGGUCUAAUUUUGUAUGUCUGAAAAAUGCAAAAGAAGACAGUGCUCCUCUAGUUGAAACGUGAUGCUCCCCUCACUCUGCCAGCCCUCUCGCCCAACUGAGAUGCUACCAGGCGCGUCCUGCCAGCCUCUUCUGUUUAAUUCUAUGACCCCCCCCAAACCUUGCCCCCCUCACCCGAAACCCCACCCUCGCUUGAAAUGUUUGAACACCUCUCCUCUGCAUGUCCUUGUGGUCACGGUUAGAUGGGUGCAUGGUAAAAAAAAAAAAAAAGCAGCAGACAAUUCUUUUUCCAGUCAGUGAAAGUGUAUUUCAUUUAACAUUCAGCAAUAAAAAAGACCCCCCCCCCCCACAUGUCAUUCCUGAAAUAU